AUGAUAUUUCUCUCCAACAAAUAUCAAAUUGUCGAUCAGCUACAGCAAUAUUAUCUAUUUAUACCUGUAAAAUACAAAGACGUCUAUCUGGUGCACAUCCUCAACGAGCUGGCUGACAACAGUUUCAUGAUCUUCUGCAGCACUUGCAACAACACUGUGAAGACUGCCUUGAUGUUGCGAGCUCUGGGCUUAGCUGCGAUUCCGUUGCAUGGACAGAUGUCGCAGAACAAACGCUUGGCAGCGCUCAACAAAUUUAAGGCGAAAAAUCGUUCGAUUUUGAUAUCCACCGAAGUUGCCUCACGUGGUCUUGACAUUCCCCAUGUGGAUGUGGUGGUUAACUUUGAUAUACCCACGCACUGUAAGGAUUACAUACAUCGUGUGGGACGCACAGCGCGUGCCGGACGUUCCGGGCAAGCCAUCACUAUGGUCAGUCAGUAUGACAUUGAAUUGUAUCAGCGUAUCGAACAUUUGCUGGGCAAACAGUUGCCUCUGUACAAAUGCGAGGAGGAUGGUGAUGAGGUGAUGGCUCUGCAGGAGCGUGUGGCGGAAGCACAACGUACAGCGAAACUGGAGCUCAAGGAUCUGGAGGAUAGCAAGGGCUACAAGGGUGGCAAAGACGGUGGCACUAAGCGUUCGGCUGCUGCAGGGGACCACGAUGAUUCGGAACAGUUUACGGGUGCGCGCAAGCGCAUGAAACCCAUGGGCAAGGGUGGGAAUAACAACUAUAAGAACAAGGGGGGCGCUGGCGGUGCCAAAAAGAAUUGGAAUCGUGGCAAAAAGCGCAAUUAA